AUGUCAACUUCCAGCGGCAACAAUUACGAUUAUUAUUACUCCUCUUCCUCCUCCAGCUCCUCUGAUGAGGAUUCCAAAGCUUCUGUAGCCAAAUCGAAAGCUAAGACAACUCAUGAUGAGGAAGCGAAGUCUAGCGUACCCGUGAAUGAUCGCAGGGUCACUUAUGCUGAACUUAUGAAGAGGAAGGCUGAAGAUGAUGAAGCCGAGAAUCAGGAGACUGCGUGGGUAUUUACAGAGCGCAAUAUCAAGCCUGACCGAUACGAAAGAGAGUUUCGGAGGACCAUGAAGCAAAUUGAAGCCGAAGCUGAAGCAGAAGAAGACUCGGACUCAGAUGAUGAUCCUGAGGCUCGUCCAGACUUCAUCCCUGACGCUGAUUCCGAUGAAGAGGAAGAUAUCGAUGACAAAUCUGAUGACUCGGAUGACGAGAAGGACAGUGAUGACGAAUCUUACAAUUCAGAUGAGUCUGACGAGUAG